UGGAAGCAGCCUGGAAGACUGCUUACUGCUGGUCUGCACUUGCCUCUUGUUAUAUGCAAAGCUGGUUCAGAAGUUCUGGAUCACAUGAUAUUCUCUUGCUUUAAAGAAGGAAAAGAUAAGGGAAAAAGAAUAAGGUGAGGCAGAGAAAAGCAAACAUCUAAGGCUGGAGUUGUGCAUCCCCCCCCUUUGCUCCCCUCCUUGUACAAGGAUGACAGGAGCCUUCUAGCCCCUGUGAAACCGAAGGGAGGGGAACAGAGGAGGAGCAGGAAGUACGAUGAUCAGCUCAGCAGUAGUGAGAAAAUGUAAAGCAUGAAGAAUCAGCUCACUGUUUGUGGAAGGAUGGUGCUUCUCCAAGUGUUCCCACUGCUGCACUUGCUCCCCUGUCUUGGCUCUGUGCAGGCUUUGCUGGGAUCCCAGUCCAGUCAGAAUCAUUUGCAGAAUACAGAUUCAAAAUGGCUCCCCACUUUCCAGAUCACAAAAGGAAUGGGCAUUUCCAGCUCAGCACUUCCUGCAGCAUCUGGUGCAUGUGAGAUGGAGCCUUUUGGAUAUUACAAUGGUUCACUGGCUGUGACAGUCUCUGGGUCAGCUUGCCUAAACUGGUCAGACUUUCCUGAUUACGUUCAGCAGUAUCCAAACCGGGGGUUAGGGAAUCACAACUACUGCAGGAAUCCAGAUGGUGGGGCAAUACCUUGGUGCUUCUACCAGUUUGCCUCUGGAGCUGUUGGCUGGGCCAACUGUGACUGCAGCCAAGGUGCUGUGCGACUGAUAGAGAGUGGCAGGGUGGAGUUAUACUUCAACGGGCUGUGGGGCACUAUCUGUGGGGAUCACUGGACAGACUGGGAUGCCAGUGUGGUCUGCAGACAGCUGGGACUCAGUGAAAUUGGCACCGCCCAAAGGGAGAGUUCUUCUGGUUUGGGGCCAACACCCUUUCAUCUGCAGUCUGCAAAUUGUCGUGGGGACGAGAAGAUGCUGUUGCAGUGCAGUUACCAAGAGAUGUUCAGAACUUGCAGUCAAGGAUCUGCAGCAGCCAGUUGUGUCCUACCUCAAGGUAUAGGGUCUCCACUUCGUCUGGUGGGGGGCCAAAAGAGCUUUGAGGGUCGACUGGAAGUCUAUCAUGCUGGCCAUUGGGGCACCAUCUGCGAUGACCAAUGGGAUGACAAAGAUGCUGAGGUGAUUUGCAGACAGCUGGGCCUCAGCGGAUCCCCAAAGGCUGUGUCUUGGGCUCACUUUGGGCAAGGCUUGGGCCCAAUCCUCCUGGACAAUGUGGAGUGCUUAGGCAAUGAGUUUUUACUGGACCAGUGCACGAAAAGUAGCUGGGGAGAGCACAACUGUGACCACAUUGAAGACGCAGGAGUAAUCUGUGACCCCUUUUCAGCAGAAGGUACUAUUCGCCUGGCAGGAGGCCACAACUCACAUGAAGGAAGGGUGGAGGUAUACCACAAUGGAGGCUGGGGAUGCGUGUGUGAUGAUGGCUGGACAGGUAUCAAUGCACAGGUGGCUUGUAGACAGCUGGGCUUCAGUGGCCCUGCCAGGUUGGCAUCAGAGGGGGAAUUUGCUUCUGGUCAAGGCUUCAUCUUACUGGAUGAUGUGGCUUGCAAAGGCACUGAGCUAUCACUCUUUGACUGUCCCCAUAGUAACUGGGGUCAGCAUGACUGCUCACAUGAAGAGGAUGUGGGAGUCCACUGUUCCUUGGACAGCAACAGGAUUACUGAAGAGGCUACAGGGCUCCUUGUGCGGCUGGUGGAUGGGGACAGCACCAAAGAGGGGCGUGUAGAGGUUUUCCUGAAUGGACAGUGGGGCAGUGUCUGUGACUACAGCUGGACAGAUAGAGAUGCAGCUGUGGUGUGCAGGCAGCUGGGUUACAGUGGGACUGCAAAAGCUAAGACUGUGGCUUAUCUUGGUGAAGGACAUGUACCCAUCCAUCUAGACAGUGUGGAGUGCAGUGGCACUGAGCGCAACUUGGGGGAGUGCAUCACCCAUGACAGUAGCAUUCACAACUGUUGGCAUAGUAAAAAUUCUGGAGUGAUCUGCGACUACAGGGAGGAAGAAACCCAGGCAAACACAAAUGCAGGUUCAAUAUUUGACAUAUGUGGACUGCGCUUGCUUCAUCACCGCAAAAAAAGGAUAAUUGGUGGAAACAAAUCUCUCAGAGGAGGUUGGCCUUGGCAGGUCUCACUUCGUCUAAAGGGGUUUCACAGAGAUGCUCGUCUGCUGUGUGGAGCGACACUUAUCAGCAACUGCUGGGUGGUUACAGCAGCACAUUGCUUCAAAAGGUUUGGAGUAGACGUACGGCGCUACCUGUUGCGGGUGGGAGACUAUCAUACUGCUGUGAGAGAUGAGUUUGAGAGAGAGCUCCCUGUGGAAAAGAUUGUCCUUCACAGGAACUACCAGUCCAGCAGUAACGACAAUGACAUUGCCUUAGUCAGAAUUCGAGGCAGAGAUGGCAAUUGUCUCUCCUUCAGCCAUCAUGUCCUUCCUGUGUGUCUUCCUGACAGGAAGGAGAAGUCUGCUAUAGACAGACAGGCCUGCGUCAUAUCUGGCUGGGGAGAUACAGGGAGGUCAUAUUCAAGGACAUUACUCCAGGGCUCAGUGCCUCUACUCCCAAGAAGAGUAUGCAAGUCCCGCUAUGGAAAGAAGUUUACUAAUCGUAUGCUCUGUGCUGGAAACCUUUCUGAAGAUAACCGGGUGGACAGCUGCCAGGGAGACAGUGGGGGACCACUUAUGUGUCAAAGGUUGAGUGGACAUUGGGUAAUUUGGGGGAUCACUUCCUGGGGAUAUGGGUGUGGGCAAAAAGAGUCACCUGGUGUUUACACAAAAGUCAGCAAAUUUGUGCCCUGGAUUAAGAAAGUGACCAAACUGAUAUGAGAUCAUUCAACCCAAAGAUGGAUUCAUGUUGUGUAACUUAGCAGAAUUUGAACAGUGGCUUAAAGAUAUGUCUUCAUUUUGCCUCUGUUUGGGUGCCUGCUAUUUCUGCUGGUAUCUCAAGGUUUGUUUGCAAGUGGAGAAAAGACUUUAGACCACUGAUGGGAGGGGAUGAAGGAGAUUUUAAAAUCCUUGUGGUUGAUGUCCUUGUAUGCAUAUGAAAUUCUGCUUAUCAAAAGAACAAAUAGUGGCAAUACCACUUUUUCCAACAGAGUCACCACACUUUCUCAGGGUACAGAAGUGAAAGGGCUUGAUAUUUCAUGAUGGUGCUAGAAAGAAAAUUUCUUAAGGUGUGUUCACUCACACAAACUAUGCUCUUGCUAUCCAAAUUACGAUGUGCUGUUCAUACCAGAUCACAUAUAAUAUCUUAGCUGCCACCUUUCUUCUGUUUCCACCCCCCUUUGUAAUUUCUUUUAAAGCAGAUACAAAAGGUGAUAUUCAGAUAUCACACCAAAUCCUGUUUAAGGAAGCUAAACUAUGGUUUGGUUUGAUAUCUGAGUCUUGACAAACUAGAAUUAGAAACUAUUGCUCAAAAUAGGAUUGUAAGCUAUGGUUUGUGCUAACCUUGGGUUGGUGUGAUGUUUGACAAACUUGAGAGGCUACAGCAGGAGUGGCUAACCUGUGACCCUCCAGAUGUUGUUGGAGUCCACUCCCAUCAUCGCUGGCCACUGGCCAUUCUAGCUGGGAAUGAUGGGAGUUGCAAUCCAACAGCAACUGGAGGUUCACAGGCUAGCAACCCCUGAUUUUGAGGCUGCUGCACCACAGGAAGAGGAAUGAAUGUAUGAACUUAUCACACUGUGAGCACAGGUGACUGAAAACAAAAACAGCCAAGGAGCUUUGCAAUGGCUUGACGUUUGUAUGUCUGGAACUUGAAAUUUUGUGUUCAAGUGGUUAGUGCCAACCAAGGUUUGGCAUGAUAUCUGAACUAGGGAUGGGAUCCAUUGGCUGGUGCCUGUUCAAAAGCAUUCUGUUGAAUUAACAGGCCUGUAUUGAUUCUAGUUUGCUAGUUACUGCUUUUACAGAUCUGGGGUUUUUUCCCCUUGCAAAAAAUAUUGAUAUUAAUAAAGACUGAUAAAAGGAAAUAUCAAUAUUUUGAAAGGUAAUAUCAAUAACAUUAUCAUUCUUAAUAUCAAUAUUUUAGAUGCAGAUUAAAAAAAUUGAAAAUAGCACAGAAAAUAGCUACAUAAAAAUCCGAUCUGCAACGAUAGAGAAUAAGCAAGUUAAUGGAAAUGUUGGUCCCAAAUCUGAAUCAUAGAAUAGUAGAGUUGGAAGGGACCUAUAAGGCCAUCAAGUCCAACCCCCUGCUCAAUGGAGGAAUCCAAUUGGGCAGAAUUCUAGCACAUUCCUAAUUUGAACUGAGCUAUUGUUUAUUAAUCAUCACAUUAAUCUCCUGGGUGGCCAGAGGAAUUAAUUUCUCCAUAGUGUUUCUGCUCUCUCAUAACCUUCUCCUUCCUUUAUACCUUCCAUCUCUUCAGUUUUUUUUAUUCAGGUCAAUGUGCAGCUGGGUGGAUACAUCUGACAUCUCCUCCCCCAAAGUAGCAAGUACAGGCGGGCCCUGCUUAUACAGCGGGUUCCGUUCCAGACCCCCGCCGUAAAGUGGAAAUCACCAUAAAGUGGAACCCCAUUCACUAUAAUGGACCAUGUCGUGCAAAAAUGAUGUGAAAAUGACGCCAAACGUCUCAAAAGAGCAAAAAAUACCUUUAAAAUUGAAAAUGAAAGCCGCCACAUCAGCGGAACGCCUUAAAGUGGAACACCGUAAAGCGGGGCCCUACUGUAGCUUGCUGUAUUAUGAGUAAAUAUCUCCUUUGGGAGGCAGGGAAAACCAUGCUCUGAAACAGUUUAUUGUGGAACAAUCCUGAAUGAAGGAAAGUUAGUGUGAAUGGAAACAAAAACCCUGAGCUAGCAGAAAACUGUGUACUUAAAGAGUGUGUUUGUGCCAUCCUUUAUAAUGACAGUUUCGGGUGAGAAGGAACAUAUUCAAUCUGAAACCCCUAUUUCUUUGCCUUGCUCUUUCAGGUGUUGAUUCUUUUACCCCACACACUAAGAUUACCAGAUAACAUCAAACUCCUCCACUUUGUGCAAUCUCAUCCUCUUCUAACUCUUGAGUUGACUUGCUUUGUGCCAGUCAAUCUAUUACUACUGAAUACGCUGUUACGAAUGGACCUUGAACUUCCUCAUGAGCAGAGCUCACUAGAAAUGCAAAUUCCCCUAUUAAGAGAGCAGCAGGAACUUUGGCUGGAGUUAUCCGCACGUCACCCCCAGAGCAUGUAUAAAUUUACCCUUGACCCAAUGACACACACACUGAAAGUAAAAUAGAGUGGUUUUAUUAAGAGAAGAAACAAGGAAAAAUAUUGCAGUUUUACAAUUACAAUUAACAGUGAGCAGCUUUCUAACUAUGAUUCAUUCAUUCAGCAACACUGGAUAGACUAAAGCAAAGAGACUAACCCUAUGAACACUUUCACAUUAAGCUCACCCACACAGAAAGAAAAAGGAAAGAAAAGGCCCAGAAGUUGCACAUACCUUUCCUGGAGAGUUGCUGCAAGACUAAGGCUGAGAGAGAGACUUUCGUAUCUAGCCCGAUGAGCCAAAGCUCCGCCCUUUGUAACCAGCGCUAGAUUUGAAAGUUCUCACCCAAGUCCUCAGCUUAGAAGCUCUGCAAUUGUCCUGAAGAUGCUAGAGUGCGUUGAUAAGCUGUUGAGCCCUCUAGAAGAGGAACUGCCAACCCCUUCUCACUCCUUAUGUUUUAUACCUUUUCCUAACUAAACUGACCCCAAUGUAAACUCAAUGUAAAAGUCUCCAGGAAGAUGUGGACAUGACAAAUAAGAACAAUGAAAGAAUUUAGGAUCAUCAGUCAAGGAAUUUGUUGUUUUUCCAGAAACCAUUCCUUGAGGAAUUCCCAGAUAAUGACUGCAAUCUCCUGCCUGUGGACUCCUAAUGUUCUGUCUCUUCCUUUAAGAUUAUCAUAACGGUUAUGCAGACCAUUUCCUAGUUUGAAAGGAGCUAUCCUGUCUCUUCCUAAAGGCUUAGAAAUGCAUAAAAUUUCCUAGUUUGAAAGGAGCUAUAGAAAUGCAUAACAUUUCCUAGUUUGAAAGGAGCUAUUCUUUCUCCUCCUAAGGCUUAAUCCAAUCCUAACAUUAUCAUAAACAUUUCCUUUCUUGAAAGGAGUGCCUAUUCUUACUGGGUGACAUUCCCCAAAUUUCCAUAGGAGUCAGGAAGUCUAUACCUUCAGGUUUGCAAGAUAUGUACUCAGAGGUCACAGAGGGGCUGUCUCCCAGGAAUCCUUGCUGUUGCCGGCUUUCCAAACUCUGGUUAACUGAGAUGAAUCAAAGAUUAAAAAUCCUCAAUAUCUGAUUCCUCAUUACAACACAGAGUUACAUCAUAAUACUUCAGCUGAGAAGAGGCCAAUAAUAUCUUGGGUAGUAGAAAUUAUGUAAAAAAACACUUUUUAUCCUAUGGAAACUAUCUAAAUCCUCCAGCAAGCAAGCAUUUUUUUUUUUAAUGCUGGUGGAUUUUUCCAUUGUUUCCUUUGGGGUGCUGUCAGUUCCACCCAGGGUUUACAAAACAGUAACAGAACAAACCAGACUACCCCAAAAUAAACCAAGAAAUCUAGUCUAUAAACAAUGGAGUUAUCAGUGGGCAAUAUCCAAUGUUGUGCCAGUGAGUGCGCUGCCAGGGCUUCCCCUUCCUCCCCCUCUAAAGCUCCUCACACCCCCAUGUGCUGCAGAGGACGAAGUCUAUCGCACAAGCAGAAGGCUGACACCAUUGGUGUUUUUUUAAAAAAAUGUCUGUAUCCAGAACAGAUAUUUAGAAAGCAAGGAAGCUUGUACAGGAAGCUUAAGGACUUGUAGUUUGAGUCAGACAAAUGUGUGUCUCCUGUGUAUGUUCUUUCAAGAACUACAGGUCCCAGAGUUCCUUAGCACUUGCUGCUGGCAUUUCCUGUCCACAGAUAAGAGGAGACAGGGUGUGACAUUUGACUAGGAAUUACUAGAAGGAAGAAUAAGUGCUAUAUAAGAAAAAGGGACAUUUUGAUCCCAGGGACACAUAAUAGGAUUUACAGGCUGAGAAUGUGUGAGUAAAUGAUUUAGGCUUCUGGUAUUCAGAGUGCAAGCACUGAUUAGGAGAACAAUGUCUUAACUAUGCAAUCCUUUGCAUGUUUAUUUAGAGGCAUGUUCCUCUGGUGCAGAAAAAAUUGUAUUUUUUUAUAUACUUUUGUUGACUCUCAAUAUGCCGCCAAGGGAUGUUUAAUUUCCUGUUUUUGUACCCCACUGUUUUGGUUGUUUUGUUAUAUCUUAAAUAAAUAAUAAAAAAGAAGUAUGUCCCACUAUAUUCAAUAGGGUUUACUUCCAGGUAAGCUUGCAUAGCAUUGCAAAUAGUGCUAUGUGAGUAAAUAUUAAUAAUAAAAAGUUAAGCGAUGAGCAGCUUUCCAAAGUGCUAUAGGUCCAUACUAUGCCAAAAAGUUAAAUUGUUUCCUUUGCUACUGCACAUCUUCUAUACUUCUACGCAAAAUCAGGGGUGCACUUUGGGAGACAGACAGUGCUUCCAACAUCCCCCCCCCAAUACACUUGACCACUUAUUCUGUAUUCUGCUUAAUGGUCCUCUGUGGCUAUGCACGUGUUGCGUGAAUUCACAAGAUGUGUAGAUAGUAUCUGAGUAUGAUUAACCAUGUUUCAGGAACACAUACACACACAUCGUAAAAUAAAAAAGAAGUAUGUCCCACUAUAUUCAAUAGGGUUUACUUCCAGGUAAGCUUGGAUAGCAUUGCAGCCUCAAGGUAUAUAAUAUACAUGAAUACCACGUCAGGCUGCAAAUAUGUUAUCAGGGAGCCAGAAAUAUAAGAAGCUCAAAUCAAGGGGAUUAAAGGAAGCUAAAGGACACCAGCCAGUGCUUUAGUUGUUUAAAACAGUGUUUUUUUUCAAAAUGGACAAGUGUUUUUUUUUGGGGGGGGGGGCAUGUUACAGUCUUUUACCAGACUCAGAGGAAUGCUUGGCCCCGCAAGGCCAAGCUCCCUUGGACCCAGUAUCUCAAACCCCCCCUCCCGCCCGCCAUGUUUGGGACCUGCGCUUAGUAUGAAUAUACACCUUUUAUUUAUUACAAAUUAAGGACUAAUAAUCUCCCCCAUUCUGUCAGAUGGACAAAGAAUCUCUCUUUCUCUUGGAAAAGUGAGAGGAUAAAAAACUCUACCAAACAGUCUACUCCAUGGAGCAGAACAAGAGAAAGCAAUCCUAAAUAGUGCUAUGUGAGUAAAUAUUAAUAAUAAAAAGUUAAGCGAUGAGCAGCUUUCCAAAGUGCUAUAGGUCCAUACUAUGCCAAAAAGUUAAAUUGUUUCCUUUGCUACUGCACAUCUUCUAUACUUCUACGCAAAGUCAGGGGUGCACUUUGGGAGACAGACAGUGCUUCCAACAUCCCCCCCCCAAUACACUUGACCACUUAUUCUGUAUUCUGCUUAAUGGUCCUCUGUGGCUAUGCACGUGUUGCGUGAAUUCACAAGAUGUGUAGAUAGUAUCUGAGUAUGAUCAACCAUGUUUCAGGAACACAUACACACAUCGUAAAAUACACAAGAUUUGCCCUCACAUCACACAUCCUAUGGAACAGUCUGCACAGAUGCAAUAUCUAAUGCUGAAUUAUUAAACCAAUAUUUACAUAAAAAUAUCAAUGACAUAAGAAGCUCAGGGUGUUUAAUACCAUAGAAUAGUUGUUUUCAAUCUUUCAAGGAACACUAUCUAAAGGUAAAGGUGUCCCCGCACUUGUAGUGCGAGUCGUUUCCGACUCUUAGGGUGAUGUCUUGCGACGUUUACUAGGCAGACUGUAUAUAUGGGGUGGGAUUGCCAGUUCCUUCCCCAGCCUUUCUUUACCCCCCAGCAUAUGCCGGGUACUCAUUUUACCGACCACGGAUGGAUGGAAGGCUGAGUGGACCUCGACCCCGUUUACCGGAGAUUCAACUUCCUCCUUCUGUUGGAAUCGAACUCCGGCCGUGAGCAGAGCUUUCGGCUGCGUUACCGCCGCUUACCACUCUGCGCCAAUCAAUUGAUUUGCAUAGAAUUCAACCUUGUUGUAGAGGAUUCUGGGACAUGUUCUAAAGUGCACACUCAAUUUAUGCAGGGCACUGGCAAGGCCUGCUUGGCCUCACACUUGCCCUAAGUGAACAAUGCUGAUACUUGUCUCCUGAGAACACAUUCUCAGGAUGAGACUAUUACAUCUACUUAACGGGUAGAUUUGGUGCUCUUGGACAAAACCUGGGCUUUUUCGCAAUGAGGAACAUGAUGAGAAAAUGCACUGGAAAGUGUGGGAUAACAUUUGCUUGAUGCACCAUCAUACAAUAACUUACCCACAAAUAAAUCAGAACACUCAAUAAAUAGCCAGUGUGGCCUAACCUCCCCACAAACUUUAUGUAAGCAAAUCAAGAUGUAUGAUCAAUAAACAGGCCCUCUGGCAGCAACCUUUUGAUGUUAUGUGCCUUCAAGUCCAUUAGGACUUAUGGCGACCCUAUGAAUCAGUGACCUCCAAUAGCAUCUGUCGUGAACCAUCUAGUUGAGAUCUUGUAAGCUCAGGUCUGUGGCUUCCUUUAUGGAAUCAAUCCAUCUCUUGUUUGGCCUUCCUCUUUUUCUACUCCCCUGUUUUCCCCACCAUUAUUGUCUUUGCUAGUGAAUCAUGUCUUCUCAUUAUGUGUUCAAAGUAUGAUAACCUCAGUUUCAUCAUUUUAGCUUCUAGUGAUAGUUCUGGUUUAAUUUGUUCUAACAACAUUAGUUUACAAAAUUCUCACUGGCAUUGAUGAGUUGUUUUUUUUACUAAGCAUAAGUGCUGGACCAAUGAGGCAGAAUGAGACAGGUGGCGGGUGCACGGGGCAGUGAAUUCGUGCUCCUGCCCCCUUUUACCUCAUUAUUGCCCACGUAGUGAGGCCUUGCUCUGAUAAAGAGCUGGGGUGGGGGAUCCUUCAGAGCCAGGUAUUGUGGGAGAGUGGGCAAGGAGAAUGCCUAUACCACUUGCCAUGGCAGCUAAAAAGGCUUUUAAAAACUUCUCUCAAUAAACUGGUUAUCUUAUACAUUAUUUAAUGUUCUUUUUUGAUACGUAACUUUAGUUAACACAGCAGCUUCCCAAACUUUUUUUCAUCCAUUCUAAUACAUUAAGAGCGUAUUUUAUUUGCCAUAAUCUAGCAAUGCAGCUUUUGCAGGAACAGUUAUAAAUCUUAACACACAUAUGUAUGUGUUUGUAUCUGUUACAUUGCUGGCUAACCAUAGGGUUGCCAUAUUCCAGUUCCACAAAUCCGGACAGGUUAAUUUGCAUAUCAUGUAAAGUAUUUGCAUAUUAUGCAAAUAUCUGCAUAUUAUGCAAAUAUCUGCAUAUUAUUUGCAUAUUAUGCAAAUAUCUGCAUAUUAAUAUUUGGAUUGUCCAGUUGUUUUGUUUUUGUGCCUAGGAAUUACCACCAAAAGCUGGGGAAAGAUGUGAGAAAUCUUUUUUUAAAAAGCAACAUUUUCAGCCUUAAAUGCCUAGACUCUAGUUUCCAACACUAUGGAGUAUUUAUUGAUUGAUUAAGAGAAUUUAUAUCCUGCCCUUUUGCUGUUAAAAACAGAGCUCAGCACAGCUUACAAAUAUAAUAAAAACAAUAAAAAUACACAAUCAAUAUAAAAACAUAAUAAAAACACAAAAUAGCAACAAACAAAGUAAGUCAGGGCAGCAGUACGGUUAACCACAUACGAUAUAUUUCAAAGAUGUGGUGGGUGGAGAAAAACAAGAAGCCAAAAUGUUAGGAAAAGGAGUCUUUCACACCACAUGCUCAGUUCUAAAUACUGUUGAGGCAAGUUUUACAAGUUCCUCCAGUAUUCCACUGGUGCAGGCACUCCGACAUUCAAAGUAUCUGUAUGUUUCUUAGGUUUUAUAAAAGCAGAGCUUUGCUUAACUCAAAAUUUCUUCUCCCUUUGAUCAACCACAUCUACACAGGUUCCACCUCCAUACUCAAAAUGAAACUGGGCCUGGAAGUGUGCAACAACCUCACACAUACCUUGCUAAUUAGAUUAUCAAUGCCAGGAUGUCUGUCUUAUUGACUACUCUCCUGCUCCCCCCCCCCCCGGACAUCAUGAAAGACCCAGUCCUGGGCUCAGAAACAAAAUAAAUAUCUGGUCCUCUUCAAAGUAUUGAUAAGCCUCUUGUUUUAAUUGAAAUAAUAAUUAUAAAUUCUUGUUCUUAUCACUAAUGGGAGUUAAUUAUCUUGCAUAUGCUGCUGUUGCUUCUAUGGCUGUAACGGAGUGAGGUUAAAGAUAAGUGAAAUGCAAAUAGGAAAAAAAACACAGAAGGCAAUAACACUUUCCUAAAUGUAAUACCAUACCAACCACAGCAAGAUUCCUAUGAGUAAGGCAAAAAACUAAGCAUCUCACAACCAGUCAGGAUUCCUAACCAAAAACCAAAAAUAUGAUAAAUGAAGAAAUAUUUAUAUAAGCAUGACUAUCAAAUAUAUUUAUUAUUUACACAAACUGUAAAGAUAUUUAUAGUGCAAUCCUAGGUUUAUUUAUUCAGAAGCAAGUCCCAGUGUAUUCAGUGGGGCUUACUCAAACAGGGACAGAAAUGCAACCUCAAGUGAUAAGCAACUUCAUUCACACAACCCAAAAUUCCGAAUCAUGCCACUUUACGCUGUUUUGCAACUGUUUAUACUUGUUUUUAUUGUUAUUGGAUUUUAAAUGGCUUUAUUUCUUGUUGUGAGCUGCCUUGGUUUCCAACCUUCCUCACAGGGGUGUUGGAAAGACUCCAUACACACACACGCACACACUGCAGAUGUAUAAAUACAUACAGCCCACAUAAUAGUUUAUUGUCAAACCAGCUGGUCAUUGCAGAAAAAUCAGUAUUAGUUUUAAAAAAAUCAGUAUUACUUUCCUACAGAAUAAAAACUGUAAUACCUAUGUAAGCCCUGCAUACUUGCUUUAAAAUAGGACUGGAAGGGGGGGAGAGGUUAGAAAGAGUUAGAACACAAACACAAUUCUUUUUUACAUUCACUCCAAAGUCCCAUUGAUUUUGAGCACAUUCAUAACCAUGUCUACUCAAAAGUAAGUCCUAUUGAAUUCAAUGGGAUUUACUCUGGGCAUAUGGGAUUAGCAUUGCUUUUACAAAAAGCAAGCAUUGGGAAGGUUUUCAAAACACUGCCCAAGAUCUGACUCCUGCACAUAAGAGGGAAAAAAACUGAAAUGUAUAUACUUACCCAAUUUAUGAGAUUUUCAGAUAAACGGGGUGAAACCACCAUUUUGUUUUCUAGAGACUGCCUCAGGUCAAUGAAACUGAAACACAAUCCCUGAUUGGCUGCAAUCCUGAACGGGCGGGGUUAAAGCUAGGAAAUGCUGUAGUACCGUAUACAGUACUGUUUAAAGAAAGAUUUAACAGUCGGGGGCAGCUGAUGUUUUUAUGCAUAUCUCGAGAACCGGACCACCUAGAAACUUAAUUUUUUUUUAAAUUAAAGCUGAGAAUCUGGGCCACCUAAGGGACUAGCCGGGCGGCAUGCAGAGAAUCCGGGUAAAACCCGGCUAACCGGGCAAUAUGGCAACCCUAGCUAACCAUUGCUGUGUUGCUUCAUAGCCCAGAAUGGUCAGCUUAUGAGAUAAUGAACCUGCCAGGUUGUCAAUAUCUUCCUCAGUGGCCCUUGUGAGGCCCCACAUUAGAAAUAAGGCAGGUGGUCUGGUGAAUAGGGAAAGGGCCAUUCAGUUCUGCCAUCCAUCUUUGAAAUAUUCGCUCCAGCACAGAGACACUUGUGUGGUGCCAACUUUUUAUUUGUCCAGGGCUUUUAAGAUACUGUUUUAAGAAAAAAAGUUUUAUUCUUAUCUGGCUCUUGUUUGAAUAUCUGGUUUUAUUGUUCUGUUGUUGAUUUUAUUGUGCAUUUUUGUUUUGUCAGCUGGUCUGGGAACCCUUCAGGGUUUGAGAUUGGGACCGAUAUUUGUGACUUAAAUAAACAAUGGGAAUCUGUGUUUGGAUACCCACGAGCCUGGGAAAGGUGACAUCUGUCUUGCUUAAGGGAGUGAUGGAUGUAAAGAGAGAGAGUGAGGGUAUGAAGAAACAGCAAUUUGCAAUUUUGGAAGAGACAACGAGAGACCUAUGAGUUGGCUCCUGGGAGUAAUGGGUCAGAACUGAUGUGAGGAAGUACAUUUGCUGCUCUGUCAGAGUGCCUUUU